AUGCCUCCACAGGUUGAGGACUUGGAGCAUCAGCUGGCUGAGGCGCGUUCGAUGAUCGAACUGCGCACUAAGGAGUCCUUGAGCCUAGCAACUCGCUUGUGUGAACUGGAAUCGACCCUGGAAAAGACAGAACGACAGUUAAUUAGCUCUGAGUCACGUUUCGUGGAACAAGUAAAGGACUCUGAUCGACGCAUCGAGUUGGCUCGGCUUGAGACAGCAUCACUGAAGACUCGACUGGAGGGAGAAGUCUCAAAGUGGCGGGUAAAUGUCACUCAUUUUGUACUGAUCAACAAUUCUUCUCUUCACCCCUGCCUGUUGCGACCCAUUCAGCUUACGAUUUCCUGCAAAUUUGCUUGA